GCACGCCCGUCCGGGACUGCGGAGAGGCCUGGAGCCCCGCCUGCUUGCCCAACCCGGCCCGGUCUGGCCCCAAGGGGUCCCGCCACCCGCCUUCUAUACCCACCUCCUGCCCUCGGGCUAGGAUGCCGCUAGCCGAGGGGCGCCCGGACGCUCUGCCACCCCAGCGCCCUCUGAGCCCGGAGCUAGCCGAGAUCCGACGCCCUUCUGGCAGCUGCCGCAUUCCCUCCCGUUGGAUAGAUCCCUUCCCCCCUCGCCGCCGGCGUCCCGUGCUGCCCGGAGUCGUGCGCCCCGGGACGAGGGGUUUUGGGUUCUUCGACGCUUGGCCCGGUUUAGGAAAGACCCGCCGUCUUCCUUGCUACCCCCACCUAGGAGACUCGGAGCCUUGCGCUCCGUCGUUUUUUCUGGUGUCGCAGCUUGUCCCUCUGGCUUGCUCCCUCCUAGUCCCUACCCCACACGGCUCCCUUCACCAGCUCCAUGACAAUCCCACUCGUGCUGAAGACCUUGGGCGAAGAAGUAACCAUCGGUCUUCCCCUCGCUUUCCGUUCGUCCGGCGACGGGGCUUGGGGGAAGGGUGCCCGGGAUACAAGCCCCUCACGCAGGCCCACUGAUGCGGCGGUAGUUCUGCCAUUGGCCCCUCUCAGAAUGGUGAGGUUCUCCUACUAACCCUGGCCCCAUGGCAUAACUAGUAUAACCCCAGUGAGAGGAACCCAGAGUUCCAGUCUUCCCCUGCUCCAGUUCCUCUAUGUGUGAUCUCGAUCUCGAGGGAUUCACUUCACCUCGCUAAGCCUCAGUUUCCCAUUUGCAAAAUGGGCAGAAUGACUCUCAACUCUGGGGAUCAAGAAAAUGCACGUGUGAGCAUGCCGGUAAUUGGCGACCCGGGGAUCUCUGCAAACUGCAGGCCCAGCGAGAUGGCCCCAGCACGACCUGCACCCUUGCCCGCGCGACUGCCACUGGCUGCCCGCCCCAGCCACUGUGUUCCUGGUGCUUCCUCUGCCAGGGCCACGUGCCGGGGAAGCCAAAACGGGAGUCUUUCGAUCUUGGCCCAGCCCUUAGCCCUGGCUCCUUUGCUCUAGCAUCUAGAUUCUGUGGGUCAGCAAAGUCACUGGAAAACCAACGAACUUCCCGACAUUUUUCGAACAACAGUAUGCGUGUGCUUCUGUGCGUUUUUCCUCCGAUCGAGGCAGGGCCCUGUAGGGUUCUGUUUGGACGGGAGGCUGGAGUGGUUCCGCCCCGGCUGCGGGGGCGGAGGAUGCAGUGGGAGAUUCGAAAGAAGGAGAAACACGGACUGUCAAAUGAAAGGAGAUCCUAUCUUAGGAAUCGAUCCAGCUCUUUAAAAGAAUGAGGAAAACAUGGGGUCGUUAUAUAUCUUGGAAAGUCGCCUAGGCGUUCAGUGAAAAACGUAAAGGGCACGAGGAUUCCUGUUUGUGUAAAAAAUAUAAAUGGAGCAGGGGUUUAAACAUCAGGUUUUUUUCUGCACGAAAGGUCUCCGCGAAGAGGGUUGGAGAUUUUUCUUUUCAUUGUAUGUCUUUCGGGACUGUUCGAAGCCGGUAUGUGUUGCUUACCAUAUUCUUGCAUUGAAUUUUCAAUUAAAAAAAAGAAACUGCA